GAGGGUGCUCGGACCACAGUUGAGCGAUGAGACGAACCCUACAAUUAUCCAUAGUGCUGAUCGGCCUAGGCCUGGUCCUGGCUGGGAGCCGACCCAUCUCCGAUUGCGGAGAACGCAUCGAGGACGAUGGGUAUCCGAUGGAGCGCCACACGGUGACCACCAGCGACAACUACAUCCUGACCAUGCAUCGCAUCCCCUACUCCCCAAAGACGGGCUAUACCCCCAACAGACCCGUGGCCUUUCUGAUGCACGGCAUGCUCAGCUCCUCCUCCGAUUGGGUUCUGAUGGGACCCGAGAAGUCGCUGGCCUACAUCCUCUCCGAUGCAGGCUACGAUGUCUGGAUGGGCAAUGCGCGCGGCAACACUUACUCCAAGGCGCACAAGUACUGGCCCACUUACUGGCAGCUCUUCUGGAACUUCAGCUGGAACGAGAUUGGCAUCUACGACGUGCCCGCCAUGAUCGACUACGCUUUGGAGGUUACUGGACAGACGCAGGUGCAGUACGUGGGACACUCCCAGGGUACCACCGUAUACCUGGUCAUGGUUUCCGAGAAGCCCGAGUACAACAACAAAAUCAAGUCCGCCCAUCUGCUGGGUCCGGCCGCCUACAUGGGCAACAUGAAGAGUCCCAUGACCCGCGCCUUUGCACCUAUCCUCGGCCAGCCGAAUGCCAUGGUGGAGCUCGUCGGUUCCAUGGAGUUCAUGCCCAGCAACAAGUUCAAGCAGGUUCUGGGCAUCGAGAUGUGCCAGGCCACCUCCCCUUACGCCGAAAUGUGCGCCAACGAGAUCUUCCUAAUCGGCGGCUACGAUUCCGAUCAGCUGGAUUAUGAACUAUUGGAGCAUAUCAAGGCCACCUCUCCGGCUGGUGCUUCCGUCAACCAGAACCUGCACUUCUGCCAGGAGUACAACUCGGGCAAGUUCCGAAAGUUCGACUACACCGCUCUGCGUAACCCCUACGAGUACGGAUCGUACUUCCCCCCCAACUACAAGCUAGCCAACGCCAAGUCCCCCGUCAUGCUCUACUAUGGAGCGAACGACUGGAUGUGUGACGUGGGCGAUGUGCGGCAGCUGCGAGAUGAGCUUCCCAACUUGGGCCUGGACUACCUGGUGCCCUUCGAGAAAUGGGCGCAUUUGGAUUUCAUCUGGGGAACGGAAGCCAAGAAAUACGUGUACGAUGAGGUCUUGAAACAGAUGCGGUCCCACGAAUAAGUUUACUAAUUCCAAAAUAAAAUCAAUGCGGGAAAAGUGCACUUGUUUUCACUCGA